AUGAAUAUUGAAAGUCAAGAUUUAUAUGGAAGAGUCGGUAACCUUAAUAAAUACCAGGGACGUAAAAUAUUGUUUGAUAAAAUAAUUUUGCACCCGUCCUUUAAUGGAACACUAUAUCUUUACGAUAUCGCCGUUUUGCUUCUUAAUAAACCUAUCGAACUUUCAGCAAAUAUUCAACCAGCACCUUUAGUUAUAGUUGGUCCGCGAUUUACUUCUGGUUAUGCCAUUAUUGUCGGUUGGGGUGACAUUGAAAAAGAUAAUGAAACUGCGUAUCUUCACUCGGCAGAAGUACGGUUAGUGAAUCCAAAACGUAAAUGGAUGAAUUCCCCCGGUAUUAAAACAACUGGUCAAGAAAUACUGACGGCAACACCCGGAGUGGCUUUACUGAAUGGAGAUUCUGGUUCACCGUUGAUAAAGUACGAUUAUUCGGGUCAACACGUUGUCAUUGGCGUUCUGAGUGGAAGUUACGCUGUCGCUAACGACGCUUUUAUUUACAUGUCAACCAGUGUUCAUCACGAUUUCAUAGCCAGCAACUGCCGUGGAGUCAUCGUAUAUCAUGUUUUCAACGGUUGAGAUUGUUAAUUUAAAAAUUGACUAUUCUAAAUACGUAAACUCCAACUGC